CUACGACAACAGGACAUAAACAAAUGGGGUAUCACUGUCCCAGUUGAAGCCAUUCAGUUGCCACUUACAACAGUGCCAAGUCCAGAACUGAUGGGUAAAUAAUUUCUCAUCAUAUUGGAAGUGACCUUGACAUCUUUCACUAUGCCCACCAAAUCCAGGAAAUCAAGGUCUCACAGUUCUAGGCCCACCAAGAAGACUGGGAGUCCAAAAACACCCAAAAAGAGGUCCUCUAGUGCCAAAUCCACCAAGACCGAGGUGGACAUCCUCAGCCCAGCAGCCAUGGAGAAUGCCUACUACAUUUCUCACAAUGCAGUGGACUGUCUGGAGUUCAGAGGCUUUGGGUGGCCACAUUCAAAGAAGAAGAAAAAGAAGAAGGGAACAAAACGGAAGAAGAAAAAGUAGAUCAUAAUUUUUGCCAAACCUAAGUGAAUUUUUUUCCGCCUUUUGGUUCCUUAAAUUGAAAUGCCUUGCUAAUGGCACCAUCUGGUGGACACAUUUGUAAUGACAACCCAAGUAAACAAAGUUAUGACUGCUGGAACCAGUGCAAUGCAGCAAUAUGUUUUGUUUUUCUUCCAUAAAUUCAUACAGUGCCAGUAAAAUUGAACUUUAUUCAUGAGGCAAAGGCUCUAAAAUUCAUUACCAACAACUUUAUUGUAAGCUGAAUUAUUCAGAAUUGUGUUCUUUAAACUUUGUGGAAUACAAACUGAAGAAUAAUUGCACACUUUGGAGAACAUUAUAUACACCUGAUGUGGAGAUAAUGAACGUCAUGUAUAAGUUAAAAAAAAACAACAGGCCAGCCAACAGUGCCAUAAUACUGGACUGAAAGUGAUCCCACUAGUUCAUUGUAAUAUUCUUUAAAUCCAGUCUUUGCACAAUUUAUCUUAUAAAAAUAGGCUACAAUGAGAACAUGCGUAAGGGAAGAAACAAAUGUGGUUCCAGGCACUGUUAAUAUUCUCAUACAUAUUUUACAUUAUCAAUCCUUUUAUCAAAUGUACGCUCAAUAUACCAUAACCAUGUGAAAUAAAUAGUUUCUCUCCAGA